UCAAUCUGUUUCUUUUAUUGGUUUCGAUAUUAUUUAAUGCUGAGAAUAAGGUCUCACAAAAGUAUAUAGAGGGAAAAAUUGUGAGUAAAGCCAUUGCUAUAUUUUUCAGGGUGCUAAAAGUGUCUGGUAAUUGGUUCCAGGCACUCCUUUGUUGCACGUGAGCUGGAGCCCCGCCCUGUCCCUCCCCAGCUAGUUCAAGAGCAGUAGCUGCCGCCUACCAGCCUACCUGCCUGUGCAGGUUCCACAUCCUCCUCCCAGCCACAGCCCCCCCCCCCCUCCCCAAACCAGGCCAGGGCUUGACCAUGGCCCUGGGCAUGGCUCCCACCCUGAGGCGCACUGAGCCCACAUGUGGCCAUGUGUCAUCGAAAAUGGCCACAUGUGUCAUAGCUUUUCCAUCAUGGUCCUAUGGGCACUGUGGGCCUGGAGUCUGGAAGACUCAUUUUUCUCAGUUGAGUUCUGGCCUCAAGUAUACAGUGACCCUGGACAAGUCACUUAACCCCAUUUGCCUCAGUUUCCUCAUCUGUAAAAUGAGUUGGAGAAGGAAAUGGCAAAUCACUAUAGUAUCUUUGCCAAGAAAAUCCCAAAUGGAGUCACUAAGAGUCAGGCAGACUGAGAUCAAAGGUUAAAAACUCAGAUUGCUUGGACUAAAGUUUGAGUCUGGAAAACAAAGCAUAUACUAUACAUUUUACUCUCUUAGUAAAGAGGGAUCUGCCUCUUCAUGAAGAAGCUAGUCUUCAUGACCAGUCUGGGCUGCUUUGGGGGUGCCUUAUAUGCAACUGGUUACCAGGGAGGGGAGGAGCCUACAGUAUUGGGGAGGGGGUCCUAACUGCUAAACAAAAGGGGAAGGAAGGAGAGGAGAUGAAGGGAAGAGAGGAAAGGGAAAGGGAGGAGAAGAGAAGAGAGGAAGAGGGAGAAGCAGAGGGUGCUGAAAGCAAUAGCAUGGAGACUGGCAUUGUGAGUAGAGAGCAUUCUCAGUCUAGAAGAGAUUGAGCUCAGGUAGGGCUUCUCAUCCACACUAGCUGAGGGAACGUGGGACAACUCACUUAAUCUUUUGGUGCCCAAGGGCCUAAGAGAAGUCAAUCAGGCACAGAGGAGUUGCUUUGGUGAGUCAGUGGAGGGCAUUUCCACACCCAGAGUUCUCUCCAUCAUGGGUAGCUCCCUCCAAACUGGUGUUGUCCGUGGGACCUAGCCUUCUCCCAUCACAUACUGGCAGUUCUUCCCACUCUGGGCUCUGGAGUGCCUCCUUUCUUCCCUGUGGCUACUAUCCAAGCCUUCCCUUGCCCAACCUCCUUAGGGUAGCCUCCCUCCUUGGGCAGGAGGCUUCCUGCCUCCCCUCCUGCUUCUCUUCAAAUGGGAGACCUUCCAGAACAAAGGCUGGUCCCCGAGGUGAGUCGGCCCACACAGACAUUUCCCCAAACGUUGGAGGUGUUUACAAAAGUGAAGAAGCUCCAGAUUGGAAGCAACCGGAACCUCCUAACCUCCUCCAUCACCUGGCCCAGGAGGAGACAGUGUAGAUGCUCUCUGGCCCUUGAAGGACGCUUUUACAGCCGGUGGGGCCUAAAUUGGGCUUGACAUUCCUGGCGGGGCAGGCAGAAAGGGAAACACACUGACUUACACAGGGGCCAUUGUCUGAGCAAAGGAAGCAUAAAAAUUCAUUUGCAGAAAGAAACGGGUUUCCUGGAAAGUGGAGGAGGGAGGAACAAGCCCGCCUGGUUUCUUGUGGGAAGGGGAUUGGGCUGCUCCAGUGGGUAAUGGCUUUAGCUAUGGUGUUAAACAAGACAAAGGCGUUCCUGUGGCCAAUCCUUCCUGGGACUCUCAGGAAAGGUGGAGGAAACACCAUUAAAGAGGAACAGGGAAGACGUUUCGGAGAGAGCUCCCGGAUGCCUUUGUUUCUCACACUGCUGCCUGGGGGCUUCAUUACAAACAGCUCCGGGGUUAUUCCUGUUGAAAGGAUAGACUUGAUGAAUUUUGGAAUCACUUUUCCGGGAGGGUCAUCAGUAAGCAGCUGGGGGAUUCUGGGCUGGGCUUGGAGGCAGGAAGAUGAGCUCAAUUCCAGCCUCAGGCACUUACUGGCCUUGUGACUCUGGGCAAGUCACUUCACUUUGGUUCGCCUCAAUUUCUUCAGCUGUGAAAUGGGGAUAAUGCUGAACAGUGCCUACCUUGAGGGGUUGUUGUAAAGAUCAAAUGAAAUAAUAUUUGUAAUGUGGUUAGCACGGCACCUGGCACAUAGUAGGAGCUCUAUUAAUGCUUCCCUUUCCUUGAAUACAAGGAUACAAAGUGAAGAAUUCAGAUGACUGGUUAACUUGUGUCUAACACGAGGGAAAUGUUUAAAUUGUGGUACGUUAAUGGAAUUGAACACUAGAAGACAAUCAAUACUGACAAGUGUAAGGGGAGAAUGAAAAAUGCAAAGGCAGAACAUUGGAAUUUACAUUAGUUUCCAUGAGAAAAAUUAAGGGAGCUUGGGCCAAAGAGGCUCAUGGGGAGUUCCAGUCCAGGAAGUGACUGAAAGGGUUCUUUGGGAUUGAAAUUCCUUCAUUUACAUGUAAAUCAUCUCCCCCCUGUCUAGGGCUUUGUAACGAAGUCCAAUAUUGGUUUUAAUCAAGCAUUAAUUAUUCAGUAUAUCUAAUCCCUCUGUGGCUUCUUUUCCUCCAGCAGGUGGACAGAGCCCCUAGUCACAACAGCGGGGCUGCUGAGGAGAGAGCCCAGCAUUCUCUGGGCCUGGACAGUCCCUUGUUGUCUAGGGGUAGCUGGGAUGGUUGACCUACUGAUCAAGCUUGCUUUGGGCCCCACUAACCUUCUUUUGGUCUUGGGGAGGAUUAGUCGCUGGACCUUGACAUAAAUCUUCUUGAUCCACAUAGGAUAUGUUGUUAUGUCAUUGCUCAGUCCUGCCUGCCUGCCUGCCUGCCUCUCUGAAACCUCAUUUGGGGUUUUCUUGGCAGGGAGUGGUUGACCAUUUCCUUCUCCAGCUCAUUUUCCAGACAAAGGAGGUAAACAGGGUUAGGGAGCUGGCAGGGUCACAUAGCCUGAGGCUAGAUUUGAACCUGGAAGAUGAGUCUUCUGGACUCUAGGCCUAGCGCUCUAGCCACCUAAGUGCAGAGUGCUUACUUUUAUUUUAUUUUUUAAACCCUUACCCCUCUGCCUUGGAGUCAAUACUGUGUAUUGGCGCCAAGGCAGAAGAGGGGUAAGGGCUAGGCCAUGGGGGUCAAGUGACUUGCCCAGGGUCACACAGCUGGAAAGUGUUUGAGGCCAGAUUUGAACCCAGGACCUCCCAUCUCUAAGACUGGCUCUCAAUCCACUGAGCUACCCAGCUACCCCCUCCUUCCCCCCCCCCCAGCUGUCCCCUCUUAAAUAUCUUUCUUGGGGAACUUGGGGGCUGAGGAUCUGGGCAGUUGAUUGACUUUACAAUGGUAACAAAGGAAAAGGAGGAGUCCCAGACAGGGAGAAAGCUUUGGGACAAAGAGAUACUCCCAGCUGAUGGCAUUAGCCCUCCCCACCUAGACACUAGUGAAGUCCCACUUUCCCUCAGGGAGGCCCCUCAAGUGCCCAGGUGGGCCCGGGGCUGCCGCCUCCAUCUUAGGAUCUUCUAGGAUCCAGCACUGUCCGGUCCGCCUGGGGCGGGCCCUAGAAAUGGGAGAGCGCCUCCCACAGUCGCUGGGAUGAGCAGCCAGCCUUAGCCAGGAGCCAGGCGCACCCAGACCGGGAUGCCGGGCCAGAUGGGGCUCCGGAAAACAAAGGACCCUCUUCUUCCUCUUCCUGGCCUGACUGGGGCUCGAGCGAGGGGACAAGGAGCACCCAGGCCAGCCGAGGGGGCCGGGCACAUUCCUCGACUUCUAUGGAAACAGACACCACCCUUCAUGCUUGAGUAGAAGUCAUUAGAGAUACAGAGAAGACCCCAAUCUCCAGGCAGAGGCGGCGCUGGAUCCUACUGCUAAGCACUCAUUCGCUGUUUGCCCCCUCAGUUCCUAGCUCAGAGCUCAUCGUGGGUGUUUAAUACUUGCUGAGUGACCCUUUUAGGGAAGUAGGAAAUGAUUUUUUCCAGGGUGGGUUUGAGAAGAAGAAUGGAUGUCCCUUUUCUCAUUCUGUCUGAUAGAAGAGCCAGAAGGGACCUCAGAGGCCUCUAGUUCUAAGUGUACAUUUUACAGAUGAGGAAACUGAGACUCAGAGAAAAGGGAAGGGACUUGCCCAGUACCAGAAGUCAUCACCUUAAAAAGGUUGCUGGGGGCAGCUGGGUGGCUCAGUGGAUUGAGAAUCAGGCCUAGACAUGGGAGGUCCUGGGUUCAAAUCGGACCUCGGACACUUCCUAGCUGGGUAACCCUGGGCAAGUCACUUGACCCCCACUGCCUAGCCCUUACCCCUCUUCUGCCUUGGAGUCAAUACACAGUAUUAACUCCAAGAUGGAAGGUGAGGGUUAAAAAAAAAAGAAAAGGUUGCUGAUGGCUCCUAAAGGCAGGAAGGUGGUGGGGGGGUGGGGGCAGGUUGGAAUACUACCCACGAGGUUUUGAGCUUUCAAGUUGCCCCCUGCAGUCUAGGUGAGGAAGGCUGCCCAAGUGAGACCGCCCCGGUGGCUAUAACAGUGGAUGAAACUGAAGGGCCCCUAAUGGGCUGCAGGCUCAGUUAGGAACCCCCCCCCCCCACCCCGCCCAAUUUGUGCCUGUUGGACCCGAGGAGACCUUUAUCAGCUGAGAAGGGGCUUCCAGCUGGCGGAGAGCCCCCAGGACGCCCUGGGAGGCCCGGUAGAGGAUUCCUCCCUCUCCCUAUCAGAAGUGCAGCUGUGAGGCUGGAGGCAGAGGAAUCAGCCUCGCUGCGUUUGGACUUCUUAGAGCAACAAACAUCCAAGUACCAAAGCAGAGCUUUGCAGAUGGCAACACUGCAGCAAAGAGGCCACCGCACAGCGGAAAGGACCGUUGGAGAGUGCGACAUUGUAGCAAAGAAGCCUCCCGGGGAUCGCAACAUUGUAACAACAUUGCUCGAGGUUGCUUCUGCACGAUCAUCUCCCCAGUGGAAUGAAUGCAACGCGGGGCGCAGCCAGCCAAUAGCACCAUAAUUACUUAUUAGGCACUAAUCGUCUACUAGACCCGGGAGAAAUAAAAAGGUGGACUUCCUGCGAGGGUGUCCGGCAGAGAGCUGCAGCGGGCGGCCUCUCUCAAAGUGCACAGCUUUGCAGCUCCCACUCCCAGGACUCGGGGGCCACAGGUUCCCAGGGAAGCAAGCGUGACCUCUCAGGGCCUGCCUCCCGAUCAAGGAGAGAGGCCCUUUGCAGCUCUGAGUUCCACUCCCCCACCCCAUAACUCCGCCCAAGCCUUAGUAUGCCCAUCUAUGAAAUGGGAGCCUGGGCAGACACUGGGAGGGAGAGAUUGGAGGAGGCAAUUACGACGGCCCAAAAUCGCUCGCGACGCCCGGGCCGUAAAGCACGGCGCCCUGACGCCGGAAACAGCUCUGCGCCUGCGCAGCGUGGGCACUUUCCGGCGGAGGGGGGCUGAGGAGGCCGCAGGAUCCCGAGCUGGCUGGGGGCACCGCUAUCGUCGUCACCAUGGCGAAGAUGAGCAAGGAGUCCAAGCAGCGGCUGCAGCAGCUCUUCCGAGGCGGCCAGUUCGCCAUCCGCUGGGGUUUCAUUCCCCUCGUGCUCUACUUGGGGUUCAAGAGAGGAGCCGACCCGGGGAUGCCGGAGCCCACCGUCCUGAGCUUGCUUUGGGGAUGAGCGAGUGUCCGAGCAUCUGGAUGGGACGCGAUCCGCGGAGCAGAGAGGCUGCGGCUGCCCCGUGGCCAGCAUGCCGAGCCGACGGGGCCCGCCCCCUCCCGGCCUUCCCGGCCUCCGCAGCCCCCGGCAGGGCGCCCGCCCCCUCCCGGCCUUCCCGGCCUCCGCAGCCCCCGGCAGGGCUCGCCGCCCGGCCGUCGGGGGUUCUUUCCCUUAUUCUGGGCUCAGAUUGUGUUGAAUAAAUAACUCCCACCA